CAAUACCCUCAAUUUUACCAUGAAGCCCGUCCUCCUCGCAAGUCUGCUUGCCGGCACCGCCAUGGGUGCUGCCCCUCUCGGCGAACCUUUUGGCUGUGGUACGCGUGAUUUGAACAAUGAAGAGCGUGCCAAUCACCAGGAGGCCCAAGCUGUUGAGAUAGCCGCUGCCUCUGCCGGUCUCGCUGCCCGAGACAACCUCAUCAUUAACACAUACGUCAACAUUGUUGCCUCGACCGAUGCCAAGGCCAAGGCCAUCACUGACGCAACUAUUGCUAGCCAAAUGCAGGUUCUCAAUGACAACUACGCCCCUAGCGGCAUCAGCUUCACCCUCCAGAACACCACGCGAGUUGUCAAUGCUACCUGGGCCGUUGACGGCGACAAGACUUACAUGAAGAAGGUCUUGCACCGCGGCACUUACGCCGACCUUAACCUUUACUUCCUGGAAAGCCUUGGCAAGAACUUAGGCUACUGCUACUUCCCCGAGGCCAAUGUUAAGACUGGCAGCACAAUCUGGACGAGAGACGGCUGCACAAUCCGCGCUGACACGCUCCCUGGCAACACCGGCCUCUACGGCCUAGGCAAGACUGCGACCCACGAAGUCGGACAUUGGUUCGGCCUCGCUCAUACUUUUGAGGGCGGUUGCAUUGGGCCGGGCGACGAGAUUGAUGACACUCCCGCGCAGGCGAGCGCUUCCAGAGGAUGCCCGGUUGGACGCGAUUCCUGCCCGGACCAGCCUGGACUCGAUCCAAUUCACAACUACAUGGACUACAGUGCCGACUCUUGCUACGAGGAGUUUUCUGCUGGGCAGCAGGAUCGUAUGCACAGCAUGUUUAACCUUCUCCGAAAGGGCGUUUAAGUUGUAAGUAUUAAAUAGAUAUAAAUAAGUACAUAACAAGAAUUUACAUAUAGU